AUGAUCGAUAUGAGAAUUGAAGUUAAUUACAUCCUGGUUGCAGCUAUGAUCGAUAUGUAUUCCAAAUGUGGUGGAAUAGAAGCUGCAAAAAGUAUAUUCGAGAGGGUUCAGCGGGAUGAUGUUUCGAUUUGGAACUCAAUGAUCAAUGGCUUAGCAAUACAUGGUUUGGCACGGGAUGCAAUUGCAGUGUUCUCAAAGAUGGACUUCGAAGAUAUUACUCCGGAUGCUAUAACAUUUCUCGGAAUUCUGUCCGCUUGUAGUCAUUCUGGUUUGGUCAAAGAAGGCCGACAUUACUUCAAUCUGAUGAAAAGUCGGUGCUCGAUCGAGCCACAACAUGAGCAUUACGGUUCCUUUGUUGACCUCUUGGGUCGAGCUGGACUUCUUGAGGAAGCUUAUGAGGAAAGGGGUAAUCGUGUCAUGGUAAUGGUAGAGGAAGCCUGGGCCGAUAUAUCGCUCCUGCAAUAUAUCUUAGGAAACAAGGGCAGAUCGCUUCCGUAG